AAAGAGAACGUUCUGGAACCCCCUUAAAAUUCGGUAAUCGUUGUGGCUAUCGAUCGGAAUCCGAAUCCGAAUCGGAGGGGAAAAUGUCGUCGUCGUCGUCGUCGAGCAGUGGCCUGACGUUCAAGCUCCAUCCGCUAGUCAUUGUCAACAUCUCCGAUCACUACACUCGAGUCAAGUCGCAGUCUCAUCCAACACACUCCGCCGCUGACGCAUCGUCCGUGGCCAGUCCUAAGCCGCCGCGUGUGUUCGGCUGUGUUAUAGGAAUCCAGCGCGGUCGAACGGUGGAGAUCUUCAACAGCUUCGAGCUUCUGUACGAUUCGUCUACUCACUCACUAGACCGUGCUUUUCUCGAGAAAAAGCAGGAACUCUAUAAGAAGGUGUUUCCGAAUUUUUACAUUUUGGGAUGGUACUCAACCGGGAGCGAUGCGCAAGAAUCCGAUAUGGUUAUACACAAAGCUUUGAUGGAUAUAAACGAGAGCCCAGUUUAUGUUCUUCUCAGUCCUUCAAUUAACCCCACACAGAAAGAUCUUCCUGUCACGAUUUUUGAAAGUGAACUGCAUGUUAUUGAUGGCAUGCCCCAGCUGAUAUUUGUUCGCUCAAGCUAUACAAUAGAGACAGUGGAAGCUGAACGUAUAUCUGUUGAUCAUGUUGCCCAUCUUAAACCAUCAGAUGGGGGUUCAGCUGCAACUCAAUUGGCUGCUCAACUUACUGGCAUACAUAGUGCCGUCAAGAUGCUGAACAGCAGAAUUAGGGUGUUGUAUCACUAUCUUUUGUCCAUGCAGAAAGAGGAUAUUCCAUGUGACUAUUCAUUACUGAGGCAAGCUUCUAGCCUCCUGAGGAGAUUACCAGCCAUUGAAUCAGAUAAAUUUCAAGAUAAUUUCUUUAUGGAAUACAAUGAUACAUUACUGAUAACUUAUCUUGCCAUGUUCACCAACUGCACAAGCACAAUGAACGAGUUGGUGGAUAAAUUCAACACUGCGUAUGAGAGGCAUAGUCGAAGGGGUGGCCGAACUGCUUUUAUAUAAAAGCCUAUUAUUAUAUUAUUGUUGGCUUUUAUUCCUUGAGAUUUUGUGUAUGCUUUUGUAUUGAUUCCCCGUUCAUCUUUGAUGGAAAUUACUUGAUAAUAUUCUGCUUAGCACAGGCACUCCCGAAACUUAGACAACUCAGCGGUCUCGGACUCGAACGCCAAGGAGAGGUAUUUUAUUUAGGACAGUAGGAGGAGGUCUCAACUCUGCUAAAAUCCGUGUAUGUUACUACUUGCUAGUGCUCAACUUAAAUUUUACAUGCAUUGGCACACUCGGUCAAUUAUUAUUUUUAUUUUUUGAGUUGUUUUACAUACAAUACAUGUAUUUAAUAUAAAUACGCCCAGAUUCAGUAAAUUUUGUUGUAUGAAA